CAUACCAAGAUAAUAACAUGACAAGUCCUUCAAGCUGUUCAUCUUCUUCCUCCAUCUCGAUUUGCCCUGAGAAAUUAGUGAAGAGGGAAUUGUCUAAUAUGUCCAUUGAAGCUUAUCAUGUAGGAAAAGCUGCUUCUGUUCCCUUUGAAUGGGAAUCUGAACCAGGCACUCCUAAGUUCAAAUUAUCUAGAGAUGCUUCUGAUCUUCCUCCUCUCACUCCACCUCCUUCUUACUUAUACAACAAGACUUCCAAAUCAAAGAAAAGCAUGCCCAUGAAAAGUAGUUCCUCUUUUAAACCUUCCCUUCUGCAAACUAUAUUCGUUAACCGCGCCACAAGAAAACAGUCUCCUAAUAUUCCUUCAUCUUCAUCUUCAUCCACUUCUUCAUCAUCAUCAUUCUCGUCACCGGCGUAUUUUUCAGUGCCAUCUUCUCCUAUGAUAUACUCACAGAAGAAUGAAGAAGAAGAACUGUACGAUGCGGAUGUUCGCAACAGUGCUAGGUGGGGCAGAGGGUGCUAUUUCAUGAUUAAGAAGGUGCUGCCCAGAGAUUUUCAGUGAUAUAUGGGUGUGCCCAAAAAUGUAAUUUUUGUUCUCUGUCUUUAUAUAAAGUUUCAG